AUGGCGUUCGCCUGUUUAGAGCUCGCAGGCAGGUUGUCGGAAUCGCGUUUAGAAGACGUGGAGUCGGGCUCCGAGUAUGAGCAGUGGCAAACAUCUCGGGCAGAAGUCAUGGAAACGAUGCUCGAUCUUCUCGAACUUUACACCCACCACCGCAACUCAACUUCUAUCGGGCGUGACUUCUCCAUCGACACGCUACUCAACAUCCGCAUCCCCUUGAAUCGUGAAGCUGACUCCAAGAAACUGACCCGCUACGGCUAUUACAACAAGCGCAAGCCCGACACAAACGGCGUCCGAGCAAUUAACGGAUCGGGAAAGAAUAGAGACAAGGACAAUAGAAACGCUACCGGCUCCGCGCCAAAGGACACUACGCGCGUUAACCCGCUCGCACCAACUGCCGCCCACGAUCCCGCUCGCCCAUCCAACGAAAGGGGUAGAGACUCCACUAUACGCUUUAUGCUGGACCCCGAACAAGCGAGAGCAGAGAAAGAAACAGUGGAGGGAUAUUUCAAGGUGGAAAUGGAGGAAUAUGAGGUAGAAGAGUAA